AUGUCCGCCUACGUCGCUGAGCUGACUGCAGAUAGGAAAAGUGGAGAACGUCGGGCGCGGUACGUGGAGCCUGUGAAACGGAUAACAGGCCCGAAGGAAUUGUCGUAUUUCGUGGAGAAUUCACCGUUUGAUGGUAGUAAAAAGUUUAAGAAGUUCUUGUGA